GAUGUUCAUGUAUUUGCUUUGGAAUGCGAAGUGGGCGAUGGACAACGUAUUUACCUUGUAACAAGCUAUGUUCAGCUUUGGUUUCAUUAUAAAUCCCGAAAACAUCUCUUACACUGCUAUGAAGUCAUUCCUGAAAAUGCUGUUUGCAAGCUCUAUUUUGAUCUGGAAUUUAACAAACUUGCCAAUCCUGGAGCUGAUGGAAAAAAGAUGGUUGCAUUACUCAUUGAGCAUGUUUGUAAAGCACUUCAAGAGUUAUACAGAGUUAACUGUUCAGCUGAAGAUGUUUUAAACUUAGAUUCUAGCACUGACGAGAAAUUUAGCCGCCAUUUAAUAUUUCAACUCCAUGAUGUGGCAUUUAAAGAUAACAUUCAUGUCGGUAAUUUUGUGAGAAAGAUUUUGCAGCCUGCUUUUCAUUUGAUUGCCAGUGGAGAUGAUGAAGAUGAUGGUGGGAUUCCAGGGACAACCAGCCAAGCAUUUUCCCAUUUUUCUGAACCACCAAUUAAACAAGGAAUUUCCUUCCGUGAAAUGUCCACAGAUGAGGAGAGAGGAGAGAGCUGGACGUUGACUUCUAAAGCCCCGGAGAGGCUGGGGUCCGCCGAGCGGAGCGGCCCUGACCUUUCCUUCUUAGUUGUGAAGGAUCCUGCAGGGAAAAAGCGUCUUUUUGUCGAUCUAGGUGAGCACCAUCAACAGCUCUGUGGGACUGUCCUGUGCACUUCUGUCCGUGCCUACUGCCACCUUAGGGUCCUUGCUGCCACCACUGUUCCCACAGGGAACGCGGGGUCACCAGCAGAAUGUAGUCAGGAGCUCGGGUUGCUGUCAGAGAUCUCAGAGAGUCCCU